CUCAGUACACACACACACACAACACACACACACACACACACACACACACACACACACACACGCACAGACACACACACGCACACACACACACACACCCGGGAGUUAUUCUCACUGUCCUGAGACAACACGCAGCAGUCAAAGCGUUUGAACAUGUCCUUCCUGCUGAUCGUGGCGUUGGCGUUGGCGCUGGGCUUCCUCCGGACCGGUCUGGCUCAGGACGAACGGUGUGUGGACUUGAUGAAGGACAGCAGCUGCCAGUCAGACGGUCCCAGGUUCUUCUACAACAGCACCAGCUCCAGGUGUCAGAGGCUCGCCGGGGGCUGUGGGUCCAACAGGAACACAUUUAAGACUCUGGAGAGCUGUGCAACUCUCUGCCAUACGGUGGUUUGUUACCGGCCCGUGGAAUACGGGGCUUACCCCCCCAUUCGCUUCAGCCACCACACCGACAACAUAGGCAAGCCUAAAGACACCACCGUCAACUUCUACUUCUACAACGUGUCCAGUGGGAGCUGUGAGGGAUUUCACUUCAGAGGCAGUGCGUCCAACGGGAACAUCUUUUGGACCGUGAAGGAGUGUGAAAGUCUCUGUGGUGAUGUCAAAGAACGGUGUGUGGACUUGAUGAUGGACAGCAGCUGCCAGUCAGACGGUCCCAGGUUCUUCUACAACAGCACCAGGUCCAGGUGUCAGAGGCUCGUCGGGGGCUGUGGGUCCAACAGGAACACCUUUAAGACCCUGGAGAGCUGUCAGGAUCUCUGCUAUGGAAAUGCUACUACAAGCAGCCCACUGACUGAGGAUCCAGGCAGACCACUCUCUGAGGAUCCAGGCAACUCAGACUUUAAUAUUCUGUUCGGGAUCAUCGUGCUGAUGGUGGUCUUUAUGGUUAUUGUCACCUUUGUCGCCAUUGUCGUCCUCGUCGUGCAAUACUGCAGACGUGCAUCUUCCAACGGAUACCGGCUGUUGGGUUCUGGUCCGUGAGCGGUCCUAGUCGGCGUCCGUGGAGGGAGAAGCCAUCGCAUGUGUUUAUUUCUGAAUCAAUUAAAUUAUAUUCUGUAUUUUGGAUAAAGAUCGGGAAAAUUCCUCAUUCUCUGUUGGUUUUUGAUGUAUGUUUGUUGGGUUAGGGUGAAGCCGGAGACUUCAGAAGACAAAUCAUAUUCUCACUUUACUGAAUUAUUCUCCGUGUUUAUACGUAGUCGUGGAUUUCUGUUUCUGGGUUUUCAAAACAAAUGCAAAGCAAACUUUUCACGUGGCGAUAUUACGUACAAAGUCGAUGCAAAGACAGUUUUUUUUCCAGCAUUUUGGAAGCUUUUUUUUUUUUUUUUUACA